CAUGCACUUCGGUAAACCCAAUACAGCGUAGAUCUGUAUCUGUGUAAAGAUAUUAUCCUGUGCAGACUGCUUACUAUUUGCACUGCAGAACAAGCAUCAAUAAGCAGAGCAGGCUUUGCGUCACAGAGCUGUGCUUCCCUGACGCAGUUUUCCGGGCCUUAAAGCACCAUAUAGGACCGGCCAAAGAGUAAAAUAAUUCGCUUCUCUAUCUUUCCUCAGUCAGCCCUCUGCUUGUACGACACGAGCGUUGUCAAUUCCAUGGUCUAUAGCUAUGGCUCUCCGACAAAAUCUGAUUGUUGUCCUCGGUGUUACAGGAACGCAGGGCUCGUCGGUCGCGGCAACAUUCCUGAGCCUUGGAGACUGGAAAGUUCGUGGCGUCACUCGCAAUCCAGAGUCCGAGUCCGCCAAAAGUCAAACCGCUAAAGGCGUCGAGCUUGUCAAAGGCGACCUGGAUGACAAAGAAUCUCUUAGGGCAGCAUUCGUUGGUGCUACAGCAAUCUUUCUCGCUACCGAUUUCUGGACCAUCUUCAAGCAGAAAGAGACCCACGAAAAGGCAGCGGCAACUGGAACGUUUCUGCCCAUCCUUUGCCAUCAGCAAGAGGUACAGCAAGGAUUGAAUGCUGUGGAGGCCGCUUCAGACCCCAGGGUCCUUCAGUCUCUGAAGAGAUUCGUCUUCUCGACGUUGACCCCAAUCACGAAGCUUAGUGGCGGCAAAUACACUCACGUGUACCACUUUGACUCCAAGGCAAAAAUCGAAGAACACAUUCGCAACAAUGUUCCAGAGCUCGCAGAAAUACUUGGCACUUUUGUCAUGGGUGUCUUUACUGAGAACUGGAAGGCACCAGGCUUUCUUUCGCCUCAAAAGCAGGCAGACGGUAGCUGGAUCAUCAAUGACCCUCAGCUCCCAGGACCGCCAGAAUUCAGUCCUAUUCCGUGGGUUGUAGCUUCGAGAGAUACUGGAAAGUUUGUGAAAGCUCCAGUCAUUGAUCAAGAGCCGGGCACACGUAUCUAUGGGGUAAGUGAAUUCAAGACUAGAGCUGAGGUUGCGAAGAUAUGGGCAGAAAUCCACGGAACUCCGACGAUUGCUCGACCCGUUGCCAAAGAUGAGUUCACUGCGGCUUGGUCAGAACUCAUUAGGGACGAGAUGAUCGACAAUUUUUCGUUUGUUAAGGAGUUCGAGUACGUAGGCAACGAUCCCGACGUAAAGCGUCCUUGGGAUCUUGGGAUCAAGACCACAACAGUAGAAAAGUAUAUUAAAACAGAAGAUUAGUCAUCUUUAAUGUAGAUACAUUAUCUAUAAAAGUAUCUUCUGUUUUUG